AUGGACAAGUACAAGAAGCCCCCGCAGGCACCGCCGACCUUCAUUGGCACCAAGGAGAAUAUUGUCUCGGACACCAAGGCAUUGUGUGACAAGACGCGGAGCCUUCUGGACGACCUCGUGGCCAAGAUUCCUGCCGACGACUCCUCUAAGACCACAUUCCAGAACGUCUUGCAGCCUCAGAUUCAUGACGAGAAUGACUCGGCUCUGACAGCCCGGAUUUUGGGAUUCUACCAAUACGUGUCCAGCAACUCUGAGCUGCGCGAUGCCUCGACGGAAGCUGAAAGCAUCAUGGACGAAUUCGCCAUUGAGAUGGCCACCAGGGAAGAUGUCUUCAAGAUUGUGGAUGCGGUCUACCAAAAGAAGGAUAGCCUGGGUCUAGACACCGAGGAUAAGAAACUCCUAGAGAAGGAGAGGAAGAACUACAUAUCCAACGGAUUGGGGCUCCCCGCCGGCCCACAAAGGGAGCGCUUUAAGGAGAUCAAAAAGAGACUCAGCCAGAUCCAGAUCGAGUUCACAAAAACUUUGAACGAGGAGAAUGGUGCCAUCUACUUCACCCCUGAGGAACUCGAUGGUGUGCCGUCCGACCUGACUGAGAGCUGGGAAAAGGGAACUGGAGAGAACGAGGGCAAGCUUCGUGUUUCCUUCAAAUAUCCCGAUCUCUUCCCAACGUUGAAGUUUGCCAAAAAUGCCGAGACGCGCCAGAAGCUCUUCAUCGCGAAUGAGAACAAGUGCAACAAGAACAUGCCCCUGUUCAAGGAGGCCAUCCUCCUUCGGGAUGAGGCUGCCCGUAUGCUUGGUUUCCCAGAUCAUGCCUCUUUCAGGAUUGAGGACAAGAUGGCCAAGACAACGAAGACCGUCAACGACUUCCUGGGAGAUCUGCGCGUCAAGCUUGCUCCUGGUGGCAAGAAGGAGACGGAGCACCUCAAGGCGAUCAAGAAAGCCGAUGUGGAGUCCCGUGGAGAACAGUUCGACGGCAGCUAUUACUUGUGGGAUCACCGCUUUUACGAUCGCCUUAUGAUCGAGCAGGAGUACUCUAUUGACGAGAACAAGAUCUCCGAGUACUUCCCGCUGACCAAAACAGUGGCUGGCAUGUUGAACAUUUUCGAAAAGCUGUUCGGAUUUGUUUUUGUCGAACUCUCCACUGAGGACAAAGCCGCGAUUAGCCCAACCGGAAAGGCGGAGGAUAUCUCCUGGCACGAAGAUGUCAUUGUAUUCUCAGUGUGGGAUGACGAAGGUGAAGGCGGCGAAUUCGUUGGGUAUCUGUACCUUGAUCUUCAUCCUCGAACUGGAAAAUACUCUCAUGCGGCCAACUUCAACUUGUCCCCAGGCUUCUUAAAGGCCGAUGGUAAGCGGCGUUACCCUGCAACAGCGUUGGUUUGCAACUUCAGCAAGCCCACGCCGAGGAAGCCCAGUCUGCUUAAACACGAUGAGGUGGUUACACUGUUCCACGAAUUGGGACACGGUAUUCACGACUUGGCUGGUCGUACGAAGACAUCUCGGUUCCAUGGAACAUCGACGGUGAGAGAUUUUGUCGAGGCUCCUUCCCAGAUGCUGGAGAACUGGUGCUGGACUCCUAGCCAAAUCAAGGGGCUGUCAAGCCACUACGAGACGGGAGAUCAGAUCCCGGAUGAACUCGUUGAGAAGCUAGUUUCGACGAAGCAUGUGAACGGCGCGCUCUUCAAUCUGCGACAGCUGCACUUCGGCAUCUUCGACAUGACGGUCCACUCGCCCAAGAGCCAUGAGGAAGCGGAGAAACUGGACGCCAGUGCGGUUUACAAUGAUCUUCGGGCUGAGAUUGCCGGCUUGCAAGGUCCCGAGUCCCUAGGCAAGGGAAGCAACUGGGGCAACGGACCGGCAACAUUUGGUCACCUAAUCGGAGGCUAUGAUGCCGGCUAUUACGGUUACCUGUCUUCCCAAGUCUACUCCACAGACAUGUUCUACACUGCAUUCAAGGCGGACCCCCUGAAUGGAAAGGAGGGCAGAAGAUACAGGCACACCGUGCUUGAGAGAGGUGGUAGUCAGGAAGAGAUGACCACUUUGGAGCAGUUCCUGGGCCGAAAGCCUGCCAACGAGGCCUUCUACAAGGACCUUGGCAUUGCCAGUUGA